AUGGUCAAGGGAACAGUUGCUCUUCUGGCUUUGGCUGGUCCAGCCUUCGCUGGAGUUAUCCAGGGCCGUGGUGAAGAGGGCCAAGACUUCGUGAAGCCUCUCUCUGUCUUGGAUCCUACCACCGAGAAGUGGGAGAAGCCAACUACCACUGCAACCGAGGCUUGGGAGCCUACCACUACCGACAAGUGGGAGAAGCCUACCACCACCGCAACUGAGCCGUGGGAGCCUACCACUACCGACAAGUGGGAAAAGCCGACCACCACCGAGAAGUGGGAGAAGCCAACCACCACCGAGAAGUGGGAGAAGCCAACCACCACCGAGAA